UAUUUGAAAAUCGGGUUCGGCAAUCAAAAUAUCUAAAAUGGACCUGGAUGAUAGCCCAGAUAAUCAAGUAGUUACGAGGAGAGGUAGAUACUUUGUAAAGCGGCGGGUUAACAGGGAACACAAUAGUAAUUUCAAUGCCGGGUACAUCAACAUUGAUGAGCAGUAUCUCCACAGGACUGGGGUCAGAGGUCGUAAAGUCUACCUGCUGUAUUGCCUUAUCUUCAUUCUGGUUGUUCUAGCUCUGCUAAAUAUAUUGAUGACAGCAGGUAUCCUGUACAUGCUAAGAGUGAGCACAGAAGGAAUAGAAAUGCUGGAGUUUAUCCCAGAAAACAAUCUGCUGCGAUUUCUGGCAGAGACUACCUUGCCCUCUAUCAGUUUGUACCAAGGUGGAAUUGGCAGCAGGCAUGCUUCUUCAUUAAACAUUGAUUCUGGACAACAGAUUGUAUUAAAUGCAUCCUCUUUAAAGAAGAAAGAUGCUGAAGGUAUAAUAAAUCCAAACAGAAUUCAGUUCCAUUCUUUGGAUGAAUUUGUGGUUUCUGACUUGGAAACAAAAACCGAUUUCUUCUCAACCAAAUCUCAAAAAUGGAGCAAUGUUCAAAAUGCUGGAUUAAAUCUGCAUGUCCCAUUUCUUUCAACUGGUCAUAUAAAGAGUUUGCCUGGGGUGGAUAGAUUAGUUAUGGAGGCCGAUAGAAUGUUUCUAACAGGAAUGGAGAGUUUUGAUAUGGUCUCUCGGGAUAAACAUAUUCACAUCAAUGUAGGUCGUAAUCUUCUUGUUCAGUCUAAGGUAGGAAACAUCAACAUUGAAGCAUCCAACCAUACGUUUAUCAACAAGGAUACUCCAAACAGCAGUCAAUACUCAGCGGACACUAACAUAACAGUGUACAAGAUGUGUGUGUGUAUGCCAAGUGUCUCUAUUCACAAGCUCAAAAAUAAUCUUGAUGAAAUUGGAGAUAUUUUGGAAGCUGAUCAAAAUGAUUUGGAUUUUCUGAAAAAUUUCUUAAGCAAUCCAGCUGUAAAAAGCUUAAUACAGGCAAAGGAUAAAUUAGAGGACGACAGUCCCCUGGAACCUGUUACAGACGAGAGUGCAGGAAAACUGGCAACUGAUGCUGUAAAUGCUCUUGGGCCCUCAUUGGAUGACAAUGAGCAGGCUCAAGAACUUGAAGACAUUUUGUCUAAUCCUCACAUAGGGGCUUUGCUAAGGGCACAUGAUGAUGUGGCUGACCGUAACUAUGGCGAUGAGAUCGAGGAAGAUUUUCAGAUGAUGUCUCCUCCUCCCCCACUUUCUAUGUUUAGUAACAUGCCUGACCAGGUUCGUCUGGUAGGAAUAAGGAGAGAGAAAAAUGCACCCUUGGGUAUAACUGUGAAAAUAGAUGAGAGAGCAGAACUAGUUAUUGCUCGUAUCUUGGCAGGCAGCAUGAUUGACAAACAGGGUCUCCUGCAUGUCGGGGAUGUGAUUAAGGAGGUAAAUGGAAUCCCAGUUUCUACACCAGAGCAACUGAUGGACAUUAUACGUAGCACUGAUGCUGGAAUCACACUCAAAAUCGUCCAGAACUUUACUGAGCACCAACCACAGACCCAGAAAUACGUAAAAGCACACUUUAAUUACGAUCCUCAAAGAGACCGUCUGAUACCCUGCAAGGAUGCUGGUCUGCCAUUUAAAGAUGGUGACAUUCUCCACAUCAUGAGCACUGAGGAUCCCAACUGGUGGCAGGCUAAGAUAGUAACAGAGGAAGGGGAUGGACCCACAGGACUAAUCCCUGCCCAACAGCUGGAGGAAAAGCGGCAGGCUUAUGUACAGCCUGAUUAUGACUACUCUAAAAGCAGUCUAUUUUGUGGCCUGAAGAAAAGAAAGAAGAGAACCAUUAAAUAUACAACUAGAAACCAUAAAGAUUUUGAUAAUUGUAAUAUUACAAUCUAUGAGGAGGUGACAAGGAUGCCUCCAUUCCAGAGGAAGACCUUAGUCCUUGUAGGAGCCAGCCAUGUAGGCAAGAGGUCCAUGAAGGAGCGGUUGAUUCGGGAUGAUCCCAAACGAUUUGGUGCAGUCAUGCCUCACACAUCAAGGGAACCCAGGAAAGGAGAAGAGCAUGGGAAGGGUUACUUUUUUGAUACAAGAGAAAACAUGGAAGCAGACAUUCAGGCUGGCAAAUUCUUGGAGUAUGGAGAGUUCAAUGGAAAUCUUUAUGGGACUAAACUUGACUCCAUUCACUACACAGUGCAGCAGGGCAAGAUGUGUGUCCUUGAUGUCAACCCAACGUCAUUGAAAGUCCUCAAGAAUGCAGAGUACAUGCCUUUUAUAGUAUUUAUCGCUGCACCAAGUGCUGAAGUCCAGAAACAGAUGUGGGAGGAGGGAAGAAGGAGGGGUGUAGCAGGGAAAAGAGGGGGACAGGUGGAAAUGAGGACGGAAAAGGACUUUUUAAGAACUGUGGAAGAAAGUGCCCAGAUAGAGCGUGUGUACAAACAAUACUUUGAUUUGACCCUGGUAAACGAUGAUUUUGAGGAAACUUACCGAGAGCUAAAGAAAGCGUUGACAGAUUUAAGUGCAGCGACCCAGUGGGUGCCUGUGGAUUGGGUGUAUUAAAAAUGCCAUCUCAUUAAACUCAUGUCCAUUAUCUAAGUUUCUAUGCAGAAUUUUAUAUGAAAAUCAUCAAGAGGUUAAAAAAAAAACCUAGGCUACUUAAAAAUCAAGAAAUCCAGCUCUGCUUGGAAAUGUAUACCUGUAUGUACCUGGAUGUGUAUGGUUUGAUUUACUGUGUGAUGGAGACUAUAUUUUGUAUUUGAUUAAUUGGAAAUUAGCCAUAAAAUACUGUAUUAGGUUUAAAUUCACAGAUGUAAUUUCACUUAUUUUUCCUUCACAUUUGAUCAGUGUUGUUUAGAUUCACACAAAUAUAAAGAAUUCUUUCAACAUAUAUACCUGUAAAGUGAAUUUUUAGCAUAUAAAGCACUUAUUCUUGAUUUAUCGUGCAACUACAGUGAAUUGUAUAUGUAGCAAACAUUUACACUGCGAAAAGUACACUUAAUCAAAGACUUCAAAGAAUUUCAACUACAAUCAGGAAUAAUAAUUAUAAAUGUAUAUAAAUGUAUAUUUUUGUAAUAUAUUUUCUUGACUGCAUGUGCUAUAUUUUUCUUUCAAAAUAACUAUAUACAUGUGUUUAUACCAUAAUUUUUAUUAUUUCUGUGAAACACUAUUUAAAUUAGGGUAUUUUUAGCAAUUUGUGAUCAAUUUUGUGUGCUGUAUCUAUGUCACAACUUAUCCUCGUAAUUACUUUGUUUUUGGUUGUGUGUCCGACAAAUGUGCAUUUAGCUAAACAUCAUUAUGUGCUAUUGAAAGGUUGUUAGCAUUUUAUACAAUUUUCAUUUAAGGUUGUGAUUUGAUUACACAAUACAUUCUGAAAUUUUGUCUGUUACUACUAAAGGGAGAAUUUCUCCUUGUUUAAUGCUGCUUUAGUUUCCAUCAGUAUGUGUAUUGUAACAGGAUUUCUUCAUUCUAAUAUUCAUUCCUAAUUUGUGGAAUCUCAGAGUACGUCUCAUCAAGCAGAAUUCUAGUAUGGGAAAGAAGGAAUAUUGUGUGUGCCUUACUUGUACAAGUGGAGAAUUUUCAUACACAAUUUACAGCUAGCAUUCCAUAUAAAAUAUAUAUACAACAGUUAGUGUAGAAAGGGGAACAAGUUUAUAAGGUGGUUGUGCUAUAUAUUUGUAUUAAAUACUAUGAAGGAGGGGGCAUUUUUUAAAAAAAUAAUUUUUAAUAUUCUUUACAAGUGUUGUUUUUGUCCUUACUUCAUCUCCAUUUCAAUUUGUUUGUUUGAUGAAAAAUUAUAUAUUCUGCAUACUGCAUACAUCAUUAUGUGGAAUACAAUUAUUUUUAUUGAACAAGUGCCUAUGACUUAUUGUUUAUUCUACAAAUCCAAUAAGUAAAUAUGACAUGUCUAAAUACUGGGUUAGUCUUAUUGUUUCCUGUACAUUCCAUAUUUUAGACCAGCCUCUUCUCAGCUCUGUACAAUCCAGUUUUUAUGAUAGUUAAAAAUAUGUGAAGCAAUCCAUUUUGUGAGUUUUUGUCUGUAUUCCAGUUUAACAUUAUGCAAUGUGCUGCAGCAUACCAGUUGUUAACAACUUUGAAUUAUUUUAACAAAAUAAUAAAUAGGAAUAAAUA